AUGGAAACUCAUAAAAUGCCACCGACACACUUCAAGCUGAACAAGUUCACUCAAGGUUUCCAGAAUAUUGUCGACGCCUACGGUAUCGCCAACUAUCGAGAGGUUAAUCCAGCCCCUUGGUCCAUCAUUUCCUUCCCGUUCCUGUUCGCUGUUAUGUUCGGAGAUUCUGGACAUGGAAUCAUCAUGCUGCUGGCUGCGCUCGCUUUUGUGGUCUUCGAGAAGAAACUGAUUUCGAUGAAAAUCAAAGACGAGAUAUUCAACACCUUCUUUGGUGGAAGAUAUGUCGUUCUACUCAUGGGCAUGUUCUCUAUAUACACCGGUUUCUUAUACAACGAUAUUUACUCCAAGUCAAUCAAUAUCUUCGGGUCGUCAUGGAAAAACCCAUAUCCGUGGGUUUCACUGCACCUUGAAAUCUCUUAA